CCUCGCCGUCGUCAUCCGUCAACAGGCAGCAGCGCUAGAGCAUCAAGCAAGUGCACCAGCGAGAGCCAGUGGGAAAAAAGUACUCGCGACGUCGCGCAGCAGACUUUUCGUGCUCGAGGUGUCAGAAAGUGAAAUAAAUAAAAACCGAAGAGAACUAUAAAGAUUGCAUUUCUAGGGAAGGAAAAUAUUUAUAUCAUCCAGAAAAACGGAGCGCCACGCGGCUCUCAAAAUCACUUUCACGCGUCGUGAUUCUUUGGAAAAUUCUUCCGCGUUUGUUUCGCGUUGGAGCCAAGAAAAAGGGAAAAGUGAAAGUUUUCCCAUUCUCAGUUGUAUGGUUUCCUUCUCCUGUGUACAGGGAACGUUACCGUUUCAAGUUUAAUUUCGGUUAUCGGAUUCCGUAAAGCCGAGAAAGGGGAAUUAAUUUGUGAUGAAAUGCCCUUUUGAGUCGAGGGAUUACGAGCAACGGUAUUAUUUGACCACGUUGCACCAACAACACCCAGUUUGUAGUUAUCAAAACAACAAUAACAACAGUCGAGAGCCGACUGGGUUCACAAGUAUAAACAGUGAGUCGGUUUAGCUUUCAAGUGCUCUGUUGUGCUAAAGCGAAAUAAUAAAAAUGGAGGCCGCCGAGAUCCCGCAUCGCCUAGCUGCUCGCGGUGAUUUCGCCCGGUUGUCCACCAUUCGAGAGCGAAGCAGUCGCAGCAGCAGUAAUGACUCAGGGGAUUUUCCAGAUCUUCCGCUGCCUCCGGUUCCUCCGCGGCAACCGACAACCAUCAACGAUGACUCAAACAAACAGCAAACGGGUUCCACCGAGUUCCUCUACUCUCGUAUGGACGAGUUAGACGAAGAACCGGAACAAGCGUUUACCCUAGAUGAUGAUGUCCAAUCUUUCGAUAGCUGCAGUGGCCACUCCUCAAAUAAUACCCUUAGAAAGACUAACUCCAGUCGGUCUUCGUCCUCCACCAGCCUAUCGUCAGCUGCUUUCGAUGAUAAGGGCAUCCUCUACUUCUUGGACGAUGACGCAGACGACAACGAUGAGUUCGAGGAGCUAUCAUCGGCGUAUCGCGAUAAGUCCCCGAUUUUAAAAACCCCAACCAGUUCGCUCGAGCGACUCCUCAACGCAAAUCAUCCAGAUCAACAACCGCAGCAAGGGGAGCAGAAGCGAAAAAAUCGUCGCCGACGAAAGUACAGCCGAAAGAAGAAGUGGAACACUGCGGCAGCAGCAGAACGCCAAACAUCAGAUGAUUCAACGCGUUGUGACGAAGACUUCACCUGGGUCAAUUCGAGAGGGGAGGCACCUCGGGCAAAUUUCGAUUCGGAUCGGCGAUCCACCUCGCAUACAACGAUUGGGGGAAGGUCUACCCGGAGUUAUGCCGGUGGUCAUGAAGCGACCCCAAAUGCUUCCGGUGGGGGAGGUGGAGUUAUGACAGGUGCCGCCGGAAAACCUCCUCGUCCGAUGACCGGAAGUUUGGACAGGAGGCGGCAUCUGGGAGCCACGCGCCAUGAGCGUGAUAGUAAGAGUAGAAGUACUCAUUCGUUGAAGGAGAAAUCCACUUCAUCGGAACUUCAGAAACAGGACUCUCAAUCCAGUACCUUAAGUUUGAAUUCGAAGGGCAAAUCUUCCGGAAAGCGGCCUUCCGGAAGUCACGUCAAGGACGAUAAGUUCUGGAUCUUCGAGGAGCACCAGAAUGACUCGGGAAGCUAUAAUAACUACAACAGUAGUGGAAGCAGUCAUCACAAUAAUAGCGGAAGUACCAAUAACAAUAGUCGGCAGAGUCCUGGAAUCUGGGAACCUCCACCCCCGCCUCCAAUUUCCCACUGGGAUCCUCACUAUUACUGGAACUGGAACCAUCACAGCCGGGAGGAACUUCGGCUUAUCGACUACCAUCGAAGACAGCAGGAGAUGUAUCGCUACGGAAGCAGUGGAGCCUUGAGCAGCACUCAGGAUCUGACCUGUGCCAGUGGGUGCUGCAACCGGAACUACUAUCCUCCUCCACCCCCGCCGCCCUGUUGUUCGUGUGAACACCAGAGGCCGAGCUGGGGCAAGGACUGUCAGCGCCAGGACACUGACGAGCGGCUUCGCCGACUCCAGACCGACAAGGAAGCCCUAGCCCUGCAGGUUAAGGUCCUCACCGAUCAGGUCCAGGCCCAGGGUGCCAAGGUGCAGGAGCUAGAGCGGACCCUGGCCGAGAAAAGCCAGCUCCUGAACAACGCGGACGAUCUUUUGCAGCGAGUAAGCGAAUUUGCCAAACGUGUUGGCAUCCAGAUUGACAGACAAAAAGAAAUGCUUUCUCGAUCAUCACUGGAGACGCAAAAAUUGGAGCUUAUGUCCGCCAUGAGUGAGCUAAAACUGCAACAGGCAGCUUUGGAAAGGGAAAACCUGGAACUACGAUCAAGUCUGGUGAAUGGUACCCCGCUUCCAAACGGAACCCUCAACGGUGGAAUUUUGAACAGCAAUACCCUAAAUAAUAACAACAUCACGGCCAGCUUCCUACGGAGGCCAACCACAACGAUGGGAACGAAUGCGGCCCGGAUGAUCACCUCGACUCCGACGACAUCUCCGCUUCAUCACGGCAGCCAUGGGACACUUCCCGGAGGAGGGCCAACCUCACCUAGUCUUGUAAUGCCAAAAACCCCACCUGCGUCCUACCGGCAGCGAGUGGAUGUCCACUACAGCAGUCUUCCGCGGCAGGCCUUCGCCAGCACCCUGUCAACGACUGCCGCAUCCGGUUCCGGUUCCACGGACGCCAACGCCAACCCAAAACGCAACGUAGCUUUCGGUAAUUGUCUUGAAACCCUAGAAAGUUAUAUCAAUGCCCUAAAUCUUGAAGCCGAAGCGGCAGCCGCUCAAGAAUCCGCUCCUGCUUCCCUUUCAGCUAUCGACUAUCCGUCGUCGUCGUCACCGUCCUCGAAAAACAAACAACCCUCGACCAAUCCGAUGAUGUCUUCGUCGAUGAAUGCCCUCUCGCUGUCUUCAGCACUCAACUCGAACUUAAAAUCCAUGAAAACCACUUCCGCCUCAGCCCAGAACAUCUAUCACAAAAGCUCAACCGAUAAAAACGAACUCCUCAUCGAUCUAGAUCUAGAACAUCAAGAGCGGGCAACAACCGAACCCCCUUCAGGGCCGAACGAUAAUCCGGAAUCAUCCCACGCAGACAGCCAAGUUGUAACGGGAGCAGCCAGUACCCCAGUUCUCUCCAUUCAAGAGUUUCAUCAACGGUCCAAAUCACAACCGCAACCAUUUUCUUCCACCGGUCAGCUGCAAAUAGCUUCGGCCAGCACGCUGCGAGGAUUUUCCGUACCAAACUUAGACACGGAAACGCUCACGAGCGAUCGCACCGAUGCUGGUCACCCUAGUCAGCGCAGCUACACCCCCCAACCUUCCCCUUCGCCAUCGAUGAGCCACAAGAACUUAAAGGGCUUGAGGAACAUCUUCGGAAAAAUCAAGCGCAGCAACAGUGGAACUCUGGACGAUCUGCCGAUGGAUGGCACCGGUUCUGGUGAAUUUAAACGGGGUGGAGUCCGGGCAACGGCAGGAGCUCGACUCGGGUGGAGUACCGAGUUCCGGAAGCCGGACAAACCCUUCCGGGAGUGGGACCUGGAUGCACUUUGCAUGUGGUUCGAGCAGAUGGGAUUGGGCCAGUACGAGGAAGAUUUGAGGCGGUGGCUUAAGGUUGGAGGAGCAGCGGAACUAGCUCAUGCCUCGCCGGUGGACAUCGAGAAGGAGUUGAACCUGAAAAAUCCUCUGCACCGGAAGAAGAUUGUGCUGGCCGUUGCUGAGUUGGCCGAUGGUGACGAGGCGGAUUCGUUGCUGAGGAAUGCCGGCAAGCUGGAUACAUCUUGGAUUGUCCGAUGGUUGGAGGAUGUCGGUUUGCCGCAACAUAAGGAUAGCUUUACGGCGGCACGAAUGGACGGCCGAAUGCUGCACAAACUUACGAUGGAUGACCUAGUCAGCUUGCAUGUGACCUCGUGUCUUCACGUGGCCAGUUUAAGGAGAGGAAUUCAGUUGAUGCGCGAGUACAAGUGGAACCCGGAAUGUUUGAUUCGACGCUCGGCUAAUGAGGAAUCCAAUGGUUUGAAGGACGACCUUCAACUUUGGUCCUGCCAGAGGGUAAUGGACUGGCUAAGAGCUGUUGAUUUGUCUGAGUACGCUCCCAAUCUGAGAGGCACCGGAGUGCACGGAGCUCUGAUGAUGUACGAAGUCAAGUUCACUGCCGAGUUGCUCGCUGAGCUGCUGAGUAUUCCACCGAGUAAAACUUUGCUCCGGAGACAUCUGGUUACGCACUUCAACGACCUGCUCGGUCGAGAUAUCAUCCAAAUCAAGCGAGACGCUGAGAACACCCUAGGUUUCACGCCUCUUACCCUUAGCGCAAAAAUUAAGACCCCCAAGAAGUCCCAGUUCUCGCUGAAGCGUAAGAAGAGCUCCAAGGGGCUAACCGGGGACGAGUGGAGCGACUAUGUUUGUCCGAUGGGCGACUCAGGUCAGGAACAUCUUCCCCCGCAUCUGCAUCAGCAGCCCACCAUGAAAUCACCCAUGCUGGCGCGGUCGGUAGCACCAGGGGCAGCACUGUCGUCGACUACGGGAACAAAUUCGGCUACCUCGGCUGCUCCUGCUGCUUCCGGCUCCGGGUCUCAUCAUCCCGCGAAUGCUAACAACAACAACUGCAACAGCAACGUCGUUACUACUACCACUACUAGCACGCCCGGUGGCAAAUACUACAGCAGCAACUCACCACAUGCCUCAAACGCUUCCUACCACUCUUCCACCACCUCCUCCUCCUCCGCUAACAAUAACAACCCAAAUCACAACAAUGUCACUACUACUAGCAAUGCAAUGAUGGCGGCUACGAUGAAGACUCACUACCCCGACAUCAGCACCAUCAGCAGCACCAGCAGCAGCCACAGCACCACGGGCAGCACGACUUCCGGAGCCGGGUCCGAAGCUGUUUCACAUCAACAGCUGCAGCUGAUGAGUAACGGCGGAAGCGGAAGUGGUAGUGGCAACAGCGGAAGUAGCCAGCUGGUGGGAUCGGAUUCGCCGACCUCGACCCGAAGCUCCACUACCUCGACCUCCUAG